AUGCAUAUCUACCGCCGUCAUGCCCGCAAUCUGGCUUGGUACGGUGAAGAUGACCAGCCCUCGCAUAACCCUUUCAAGAAGUUCCGCAGACGACCCCAGCGCACCCGCUCCACAGACUUGGAACUGGACAACACCCGCGCCCCCGGCGGCCCGGGCCAGUCCCGCGAUAUCGGUGGCCUUGGUUCGGCAACAAUGCAGCCUCCCGAGUCUGCGGGCAGCGACCAGUACACUACGGAACCGGACCCCGACCCUUCAAUGAUAAGCCAAGAGCCUAUCAACGUGUCUCGGGGCAUGGAGGAACCUGCAAAGCCGCGCAAUCGACACCCUUGGAAGUUCGGACGUAGCUCGUCGGAAUCCGAGCCUGAGGAUGACAAGUCUAUCGAUGGCCCCAAGUUCACCGUGGCAUCGCAGCUGCGCGCAACGAUCCUGAACUCGUGGAUCAAUGUCCUGAUUCUCGCCGCGCCGGCGGGUAUUGCGCUGCACGUUGUCAAAGCGAAUCCAAUUGCCAUCUUCGUGGUCAAUUUCAUUGCCAUUAUUCCACUCGCGGCCAUGCUGAGUUACGCGACAGAGGAAAUCGCCCUGCGGACCGGUGAGACGAUCGGCGGAUUGUUGAACGCGUCGUUCGGUAACGCCGUCGAGUUGAUCGUUGCUAUCAUUGCGCUGGUCAAGAAGGAGGUUCUGAUCGUACAAACUUCGCUGAUCGGCAGUAUGCUUUCGAACUUACUCCUUGUCAUGGGAAUGUGCUUCUUCUUCGGCGGUAUUAACCGCGUGGAGCAGCAUUUCAACGUCGUCGUCGCGCAGACUGCGGCUAGUCUACUCGCACUAGCUCACACGCCGACAAUACAGCCCCCCCUCUCUCGGGGAACCAGCAUCCUCCUCCUAAUCACCUACGGCUGCUAUCUCUUCUUCCAACUCAAGUCCCAUGUCGACAUGUACAACCGCCCCAGCCCCAAAGUUGAGAAACGGCGUCAACGAAUCGGCGAAGGCGAUGCCAACCGUGGUAUAGCCCAGAUCGCCAAAAUGAGCGCCGCGGCCAUGGGCGGCGAGAAUGCUCAGCAGAUCGAGCUUCAGGAUCCGGAUGAUGAGCCUGAGCAACCCCAGCUUACUAUCCUGGUUGCGCUGCUCACGCUGGGUCUUUCGACUGCGCUCGUGGCUGUUUGUGCGGAGUUUAUGGUCGACUCCAUUUCCGCGUUAACCGCAACGGGCCACAUCGGCGAGACUUUCGUCGGAUUAAUCCUCCUUCCUAUCGUCGGUAAUGCCGCGGAGCACGCUACCGCAGUAACGGUGGCCUGCAAAGAUAAGAUGGAUCUUGCGAUUGGUGUUGCCGUGGGCUCGAGUAUGCAGAUUGCUUUGCUGGUUCUGCCUUUUUCUGUAGUUCUGGGAUGGAUUCUUGGUGUUCAUGACAUGACCCUCAACUUCGACCCUUUCCAGAUUAUCGUUCUCUUCGUCUCUGUUCUGCUGGUCAACUAUCUUAUUGCGGAUGGCAAGUCUCACUGGCUUGAAGGCGUCUUGCUUAUGAUGAUGUAUCUGAUUAUUGCCAUCGCUGCUUGGUUCAUCUAG